AUGAUAAAUGAAGAUGCUCCUGAGGUCAUACCUGGUGAAAUAAGUACUGGUAUGGCUUUUGGAAGUAUGCAAGCUUAUAAGGAUCAUUUAAGAGAAUAUGCAGUGUUGAAACAUAGGGAUUUUAAGGUGAAAAAAGGAGAUAAAAUCAGACACUAUUCUUACUGUGCUUACAGGGAUGCCCAAAACUGUGCUUGGAUGGUGAAUGCAAGAAAGGUACCAGAGAAAGAUGAUAUGACAGUCACAGUCAGAGAAUGCAACAUAGAACACACUUGUAAAAAUCCCAAUGAAGACUACCGCAGAAAAUGCAAUGCAAAAUUUGUAGCUAAGUAUUUGUUGAAGACUAUGGAUGUUGCUUCACCAGUGGACAAGGAAGAUGAUAUAGCUAAGAAAAUCAUUAGAUCUCAGUUGCAAACUGAAAUACCAAAAUGGGUUGCUCGUCAUGCAAGGAGAUUGGUGCUAGCAGAAAGGGAUGGAACAUUUGAGACUUGUUACAAAAAAACACCAGAACUGGUCAUAGCUGCUACCUCAUUGAACCCAAGGAGCAUAGGUCAUUUCAGCUGGUCCAAAGAUGAUAAAGAUAACAAAUUUGAGAGUCUCAUUUUGGCAUAUAAUGCACAGAUAAAAGGUUUAAUGAAUGGUUGUAGAAUGGUUAUUGGGUUAGAUGGAGCUCACUUAACUGGUAAGUUUGGUGGUGUGAUGCUUUCAGCAACAGGUAUAGAUGCUCAGAAUGGGGUAUUUCCUUUAUGUAUGAUGAUUUGUAUGAGUGAAACUGAAGAAAAUUGGUUUAUGAUGUUAAAAGAAUUGAGAAAAAGGAUACCAGAUAUGGCUGGACUGACCUUUAUUUCUGAUAGAAUGAAGGGAAUUCUUGAAUCAGUAAAAAGAUUGUAUCCUUUGUCAAAUCAUAGAUACUGCCUAAGGCACCUAUACAAUAAUUUCUUGACCAAAGGAUUCAUAAAUCCAAGACUUGUACAACUUCUUUGGCAGGCUGCAAAGGCAUACAAAUAUCAUCAUUGGGAGGAGGCCAUGCAAGAAAUAGAAGAGAUAUCUCCAGAUGCAUACAAAUACCUGAUUGAUGCAGAACCGAAGUCUUGGGCAAGGUCAUGGUUUCCUCAUGAUGUUGCUUGUGAGCACAUCUACUCCAACUUUUCAGAAAGUUUUAACAACAUGGCCCUGAAAUUAAGAGGCAAGCCUCUCCCUCAGUUGGUUGAUAUGUACACACACUUGGUGAUGGUGCUGUUUUCAAAUAGAAGAAAGCUUGCUGCAACUUGGCAAGCUGGUGACCUUGUUCCUGCUGGGAAAGAUCUCAUUAAGGUGAUGUGUGAUCUUAGAGGUAACUAUGAAUGUGAUCCUUCUGUAGAGCACAAAGUGUAUGAGGUGACCAACAAAGCUACUGGCAAAGUUUUUGUGACUGAUAUCAACAUUAUACAUCCACACAGAUUGAGAGAUAAGGGAAGACCUUUUGUCAAGAGAAAGAAGUCUUGGUAUGAGAAGAACAAGCAUCCCAAAAGAGUAACAAAGUGCAGUGUAUGUAAAGGUCUUGAUCAUAACAUCCAUACUUGUCAAGGUCCUCCAGUUGGUUCUAAUCCAAAGAAGAAAGGAGUUAGAAUGGAAUGUUCUGUUAAUGGAGAUGAGUUUUGUAUUAAUGUUGCACCAACAAAGAAGAUGAGGAAGGCCUUGUCUGCACCAACUACUGCAACAACAUCUGCAUCAAAGACUGCUACUGCUGAUGUACCACCAUUUUCAAAGCGCAAGGCAGCUACUACUACACCAUCUUCUUCUACAGCUGGUUCCUAG